AUGGCCAGCCCGGAGCCUCUGGCCGACUGGCUGGACACCAGCCUCACGGAUGAGCUGCUCGCGUCCGUGGACCUCGGAGGGCCGUACUCAGCGGAGGAGAACAACCUGCUCUUCUCACUGUUCAAUGACAACGGCGGUACUGGUGCAUCAUCGUUCAACUCGUUGGACGAUGAUAUGCUUGAAGACAUCGACGACAAGAAGGUUGUGCUGGCAUCAGCGGCAGCUGCUCGCCUGAGGGGCGCCCAGGGCGGCUUGAAACAUGCAUUCAGCACUGGAGACCUGCAGGCCCUCACGCCUUCGUCCCCCUCGCCCGACGCCGGUAACACCCUCAACACAGCCACCAGCCUCGAAAGCGUCCCAGAGGGCUCCACCUUCGACCCUGGCGCCAUCCCUGCAGUCACGUCCAACCCCACGAGCGGCACUCAGCCCCUGCCUAAUCUCAACAACCUCUCCACGGAUGAGCUGGAGGCUGAGCUCUCCCGACGGAAGAACUGCGCAGUGAAAUCAGAGUCCAGCGAAUCUGCCUCGACCGCCCCCGUUACUGCACCUGUGCCUCCACCGGGGGUGGUCCCUGGGGGGUAUAUCCCCGCUGGCGCAAUGCACCCUGGGGGUUUUGCAGGCGCGUACAUUGCGCCAACGGCGGCUGCGUUCGGGAGGGGCGGAGGAUUGGUCGCCCCUGCAGGAAUGGUGCCAGCGGCCAUGGGGCCAAUGGGAGCGAUACCAGCGGGUAUGAUACCGGCUGCUGCGAUGGGACCGAUGCAGCCUGCGAUUCCGUGCCAGCAGGGCAUGCCCAAGAUGGCACCUGGUGCUUUCUAUGUGCAGGACGGAAACUUCAUGAUGCCAGGAAUGCCCGGGCAGCAGGAUGCGCUGCGAUCAGCAGCACAGCAGGCAUCAAACACGAUGCCGAUGGCGAUGCCUGUGCCAGUGGCUGGGAUGCCCUCGAUGCCCCAGCAGGCAUUCAUGUCGCAGCCGCCCACCGCCAUGCCGUGCUCCGGGCCCUUUGCUGGCGCCCCCUGCCCGACCGCCGCAACCGCUGCGGCAGCUGCGGACUCGCCUGUCCGCGGCUUGCGCAAGUCGCAGAGCACCCCCACGCUGUCGAGCCUACCUGGGACAAGUGUGGCGCAGACCCUGUCCCCAGCUGGCGAGCUGGCAGGCGCAGGCGACGCGCAGAGGAUUGGGCGCCUGACGGCGGAGGAGCGGCGCCAGAAGGUGCUGCGGUAUCGUCAGAAGCGGCAUGAGAGGAAGUUUGAGAAGAGGGUCACCUAUCAGUGUCGGAAGACCCUUGCAGACAGCCGCCCCCGUGUGCGCGGCCGCUUUGCCAGGAAUGACGACAGCAAUGCCGUAAUGCCACACCAGACCAAGAAGGCACUUGCAGCACAGAAGGAAGCUGAGGACCAGGAGGCGGGAAUAGAAGACAUGCUGGAUGUGCAGAUGGACGCCCAGUGUGAGGGAGGAAUUCCCAAGGUCGAGCAGGAUGAUUGCCGUACUUCCCUUGACCUUCUCAAAGCCCAUUGA